AUGAUGAGGAAGAGGAAGAUGCAUCCAUUAAUAAUGUGUAAGAGAUGCGUAUUGGAGCAAAGUCUCUCAGUGGAUAAUCUCUUUGGUUUUUUUAUAAUAUUCAAAUACUUCAAAGUUCCAACAUUGUAUCAGAGGUUUCAGGCAAUCAACCUUCUAUUGGCGGUAAUACUACUUUUCUCAUCAUUUAAGGCAUACACUAUUGUUAAAUUUGCAGAUGCAUGUCUUCCGACAUUGAAAGGAGAGGUCGGAAUCAUUCAUGUGCAUAUGUUGAUUCACAGGUGA